CUUUAGUUAUAGUUUGCUUCCUGCAAUCCUAACAAAACAAAAUAUUGUUUAAAGGUUGUUUGGGUGGGUUUUUAAAAUUAUAAUUUCGUUGCAGUGGUUUUUUGACGGUAAAGAAGCAUUCAGGUGCUGUACGAAAAUGCUGAUAUUACUGUGGACCAUUACCAUCCUGGGUUUGCCAAUAACACAAUUGGGUGGAAAUCUUCCUAUUGUGACAGCGGAGACGACAGAUUCAAAGGUGGGUGGAAAUCUUCCUAUUGUGACAGCGGAGACGACAGAUUCAAAGGUGGAUGGAGUACCUACUAUGGUGACUAGAGAGACUACAUAUAUAGUAGGCACUGAACUGGUAACCGAGAGACAAGAGGUUAGUUUAUGCCAGAAGAACUGUACACGGAUUGUGGUGGUAAGGAAAGUGUGCCAAUCCGGCUCCAGCGCCCAGUGUGGUGCCCCCGUGACCAUCAUAGAAACCUGCUCGGGACACCUCUGCCAUCCAGUAUCUGGUAGAGUUAUUAUCCUCACCAUUACUGCCAUCAGCCAUGGGAUUUUUCUGUUUGCUCUACUGAUGUACAUCUUGUACAGGUUGAAAAACGAUUUGGCUUUCUGGGUCAUGGGCGAUAAGGAUGAAGAUGCUGACCAGAAGGACGAUAACUCUUGUGAAGAGGAGGAAGAGAUCCCGUUCGAAAUCGCACCACGGAAGUCAGCUGUUUCCCUUUCCAUUCCCAGCAUGCCGCUGAAGUCGCCCGUUUCUCUUUCGAUUCCCAGCAUCCAGCAGAAUAGCCACCUGGUUACGGAUGAAGAGACCACGCACCGGAAGUCGACCGUUUCCAUUCCCGGCAACCCGAUGAAUAGUUACCCGAUGAUGAAUGACGAGACCUAUGAGAAGGAAAUAAUGGAAAGAGACAUAGACACACAGACGGAUGGGGACUGAGUGAUCAACGUCAUAAGCAUACGGGCUCCCACAGGCACAGCGGAAGCAAGUAGACAUUGGGGGAGGGGGUGGGGGGGGGCGAUGAAUGUGAUCUAGGGCACAAAGCAACGUUCUAGAUGUCCUGAAAUGCAAUUUCCUGCUUUCUAUAAGUCAAAUUCAUCUCUGUUUGAGAUUUACUACCAAUAAUAUUUUUUAUUUAGAAUUAUUAAGGUGGCUAGAGGUGCCUGUUCCAUUGUUUUAAUGGAGCAGGCUGGUUUUUGCCGGAAUUAAAUGAAAAUGCCCGAAUCUGUAUACAAUUUAUUCAUAUUAACAUUACUGCUAAACAGCUAUAUAUAUAUAUAUAUAUAUAUAUAUAUAUAUAU